UUGUUAUUACAGCUUCUAAUUAGUAUACAAAACCACCACGCUCUUUUAUUCUCUAGCAACGAUGGCCCCUGCACCCGAUGCCACGGCUCUUCAGAGCCUCGAAACCCUCAUUGAAACGGCAGGAACUCUCUUGAAGCAGCUCCGAGAGGUCCUCGGCGAAAUUCGAAACAAUCCAGACCAUGCCUCAACACCAGCUACCUCUUCAGCCUCAACAACGCCACUCGAUGCUCUCGCCCUCGCCCGCGACUCAGCGACCCUGAUCAGGGCCCAUGCCACCAAAGUCUCUCUGCUCAUAAUAAACGAGCCCUUCACCCCCACAGCAGUCUCGUCUGUCAUCCGUGAGCUAGUCAAGGGCCCUAUACCUGGUCUUGCGGCAUCCGUCCAAGCAUGCGAUCCAAAUAUCUACACUCUGGCCUUUCGGCGUGAGAUGGCGUCAAGAUGCCAAAACGUGUUGUCAGGGCUGGCCGAACUCCUAGUAAGAAUACCCAAGGAUGGUAAAGUCUUGUCAAAGGAGAAGGAAGGGUUCGGCGCUGGGGGAAAGGGCAGCAUCGCAUCGACUGGCGUUCUCUGGUCUGCCUGCGACAGUCUUGUUAGUCUUGCCAAUGGCAGCGUUAGCGGAUUCUUCGUGGAGAAGAUGACCGAGUGGAAGGAUACUCUCAGUGAUAUCAUGGAAGAGAUCAAGGAAUGGGGAGACGAAGAGACCGACGAAGAAGAUGAAGAAGACGACGACGAUGCUGCCGACGAGGUGGAUGAUCUUGCAGAUCAAGUCGAAUCAACCCACAUCUCAGCCCAAAAUAUGCUCGACGAUCUCAUGAGCUCGCACCACAGCAUCCCCGCCUCCGACCCAGACGGUAUCCGUCCUCGCCUCGAAUCAUCCCUCCGCCGUCUCCGCCUCGUCAUCCUCCUGUACACAGCCAUCACCAAGCGCCGCAUGAAGAAACUCCCUUCUUUCCCACAGAGCGACACCAGCAGCAGCACGACAACACAGCGAUUAAACGAACUUGCCCCCCUGCUGCAGAAACUCCCCGAUAGCUUCGGAGACCUUGCCUGUUCCUUUUACGAGCUGCAGCCUAAGGAGAUUGACGACGCCAUGGACCAGUGCUUCCUCGAUGCGUUUGCCAUCAGCGAGCUGCUGAGCGAGAGCUGGGAUGGCUCAAGAGAUGAGUUUACAGAUUGGACAGGAAAGUUCCAAAAGGAGAUUAAGAAGGCAUAAGAUAUCAAAUAGGUAGCGCAAUCUCUGUUAGGUAUAAGAUGUAGGACAGCGUAUAAAAACUUAGAUAGUAGACUUAUUUUUUUUUCACAGUAGCAUAUCAACCAGCAAUGAACAUAUUUACCACCCCA